AUGAAUUUUUUAGAAUCCAACGUUGGAAUUUCAGAAUACAUUGGACACGGCACGUCGAAAGUUGAAGGGAUCAUAAAACAACGGUUUACUGAUUUUUUGGUAUACGAGGUCGACUUGGAUGGAAAAACUCUACGUAUCAAAUCACUUGACAAGCCUGAAUCACCUAACAAGUCCGACCCUCCCGGAGAGCCGUCGGCGACUACAGACCCAUCAUCCAAGGGUGAAGAGGCAAGGCUUGAAGAGAGCGAAACAAAGGAAAACUCAAUCCCAUGGCCGGAGCACUUUACCACCGAACUUUCAACCUUUCUCUCCGAAGGAGCCAUUCUUCAGAUCAAACAGAUGUACCUGGAAGGCCCCGAGCCUCCCAGGGUCAGUGACAGUGGUCCAUUGUUAAUUCUUUUCUCACUUUAUCCCUUCAUCCAGCCUAUCACGUCAAAAGUAACGCGAACUGCUCUUCACAAAGCUAUUCGAGAACUUUUCCUUGGCAAACUUGACAGCGAGACAGAUUCCACGGGGCCUCCAUCCGAUGAAGGCUCGCGAAUUGUCAUAAAAUGGGGUAGAAAGGGCAGUGGUCGAGGAGGGAAUGGAAGGGGUGUCGAACCUGGUGUUUACCCUCCAUACAUUCAUUUCACCCUUCAAAAAACAAAUCGCGACACCCAGGAUGCCCUGGGUCAUCUUUCUCGCCUUUUGCACGUCAGCAUCAAGGAUUUGUCGGUCGCAGGAACGAAAGACAAACGUGGCGUUACUGUUCAACGAGUUUCACUCAAGCGCAACAACAAAACAGUUGAAGAUGUUUGGAGACUUGCAAAUGGAAUCGAUAAUCGAAAACCUGCACAAGAAGUUUUAACCAAACGAGGGGAUCGAGGUGUGAGAAUAGCCGAUUUAAAUUAUCGUAAGGCUAGCUUAGAGUUGGGAAUGCUGAAAGGAAAUGCAUUUGUCAUUACCUUACGGUGCGUUGAUAUCCCUGACCGCUCCAUUCUUCACUUACAAUCAGUGGAGGCCAUGAACCAAGCCCUCGAUACGAUGAAAAACAAGGGUUUCAUCAACUACUACGGAAUGCAAAGGUUUGGGACUGCCUCCGUUCCGACCCAUUCGAUAGGAUUAGCUCUCCUGAAGUCAGAAUGGCAAAAGGCUGUUUCUAUGAUUCUGCGGAAACGACACGGAGAACAUCCAGAUGUUGCGGCAGCUAGAGAUGCAUGGUUGGUUGAUGGGGAUUUGGAUACUGCCUUGAGGCUCCUUCCGAAGCGUGUCGUGGCGGAACGGUGCCUUCUUGAAAGCUUCAAGAAACAAGGAGGGGACACAAGGAAUGCCAUGGGAGCGUUAUCAACGAUUCCACGAAAUCUUCGUUUAAUGUACAUCCAUGCAUAUCAAUCGUACGUCUGGAAUGCAAUUGUAUCGGAGCGCAUAAAAAACUAUGGGGCCGACAAACCAGUUGUCGGAGAUCUUGUUUUUGACAAGGAGGGGGAUACAGAGCAAACCGUGGAUGUAGGCCUACAGGAUGACACUCCCCUCUUCGAUGGAAUCCCGGAAGAAGUUGAUGAACCAGAUGACACAUCUCGUUCCAAGAAAUCCCGCAAACCCUACGUUCCCCCUCGGAUUAAGACCUUGACUGAAUCUGAUCUGGACAAGUAUACCAUUUUCGACGUGAUUAUGCCUCUACCGGGUACAGAUGUUGCCUACCCUGGGGGUAAACUCGGAGAACUCUACAAAGAAUUCCUGAGAAUGGAUGGACUGGAUCCAGAUAAUUUCGUCAGAAAGCAAAGGGAAUAUACAUUAAACGGUUCCUAUCGGGCGAUCAUCCACCUGCCUCGAGAAUUGUCGUGGUCUGUUCUUCGGUACACUGACCCCGAUGUUCCUCUCGCACAAUCCGACGAAGACGGACUACUUGGUUUCGAUCCACCAUCAAUAGUGGAUGACGGGAAGUUCAUGGCUCUCCAGAUCAAACUUAGCCUUGGGACGGCAGCGUAUGCCACGAUGGCAUUGCGUGAGAUAACGAAAACUGAUACAAGCUCACACAUCCAAACGAGUCUCACGCAGGCCUCUGAAGACCAAAAGUACCGCGGAACUGAUUGA